AUGGAUGACGCACCAGCAUCAUCGUCGUCGAAAUCGCCAAGAAGCGAUUCGCCCAACGUCGCCGAGCCGACGGAAAUUAAACUACCAGAGAUUCAGUUACCUACUUUUGACGGUGCCAUCGAGAAUUGGCAUUCUUCCUAUGACGCAUUUUCGUCCACGAUAGAUCGAAGCGAUCGACUCACUGCCACACAAAAAUUCCACUACCUUCGAUCUUCUUUAACUGGAAAGGCCGCGCGAAGCAUCCAAUCGUUGAACGUUACGGAAAUUAAUUAUCCCAUCGCGAUUGAUAUUCUAAAGGACAAAUUCGACUGCCACCGUCAAAUUUGCAUGCGCCACUGGGACUUGAUAUUCGAAUAUCCAAAAAUAAACAAGAAGACACCCGAAGCAAUCGACGAUUUUUUGGAGACGGUCAAGACGACAAAAAAAACUUCCGACAAACACAAUCGACAACGACAACACGCGCCGCGAAGUAUCACCUUCGCCACUACACAUAGGCCGACGGCGUGUCCAAGUUGCAAGGGACAACAUAAAAUAUGGCAUUGCGAUGUCUUCAAGGCGAAGUCGGUCAAAAAUCGCCUUGAAAUCGUCAAAAGGGCUUCCCUAUGCACCAAUUAUCUAGGCCAAGGGCACACUAUCGCCCAGUGCUCUGCCGGUUCAUGUCGCAUAUGCAGACAGCGACAUCAUACAUACUUGCAUCAACACCAACGUCACGGCAAGUCACGGUCUUCGAUCGGUCGAUCGUCGAGCGACCGAUCAUCGAGUGGACGCUCUACACCUAGCUCACCGACUCCUCGUUCGUCACAUCGUUCGAGACGCGCGUCCACGUCUUCUAAGUCGUCUCACCGGUCGUCUCCCCGGUCGUCUUCUAAGUCGUCUACCCGGUCGACCGAAUUACUGACCUCGGUUCCCUCUAAACCAUUACAACAUGAUCUCUUAGUCACGGCGCAGGUCAACGUACAAAAUAAUAAGAGACAACCAUUUCGUUGCAGAGCUCUGCUAGACACCGCUUCACUCUGCGUUGGUCAACUUGACAUUACUCAAGAUAACGGGCCCGACUUGCGCCUGCAAAAAACGCGUUUCGGAUGGGUCAUC